AUGCUUUUUUUCAAUCUUAUUCUCUCUGCCGCUGCAGCUGUUGCUCUUCCUCUGACUGAAAGCCCCGGAGGAAAGCAACAUCAGCCUUUCUCUGAGACCGGACUUGCACCUUGGAACGCUGGAGCGGUGACACAAUUCUCCAUCCAUUCAAGCUGCAAUGCAACCCAACGUCGUCAAAUCGAGCUGGGCCUUAAUGAGACAAUUAUCCUUGCUGAGCAUGCCAAAAGUCAUAUCUUGAGAUGGAGAAACGAAAGCGACAUCUACAAGAAAUACUUUGGUGACAGCCCCUCUAUGGAAGCCAUCGGGGCCUUCGAUGUCGUGCUCAAUGGUGACAAAAAAGACAUCCUGUUUCGAUGUGACAACCCGGACGGAAACUGUGAUCUUGAAGGGUAUGCCGGGCACUGGCGAGGCGAAAACGCCACAGAUGAGACCGUUAUCUGUGAUUUGAGCUAUGAAACCCGUCGUUCUCUUUCAACAAUGUGUGGCUUUGGCUAUACUGUUUCGCAAUCGGAAACCAACACUUUCUGGGCAUCCGAUCUCCUGCACCGCCUCUACCAUGUUCCAGCCAUUGGACAGAACUGGAUAGACCACUUCGCAGAUGGAUAUGAGGAGGUUGUUGACCAAGCGGCGAAGAAUGCGACGCUUUCCACGCACGACUCAGAAACUCUUCAGUACUUUGCACUGGAAGUCUUUGCCUACGACAUUGCUGCUCCGGGGAUUGGCUGCCCAGGUGCUCAACACGAACACGAAAACGCAGAUAUUCACGACGAUCAGACAACCACCGAGGCUGCAACUACUCAACCAACUCCCACUACAACAACUACCAAUGAACCUUCAUCCACCUCAGAUGUACCGGCUAAUUGCCACACACAUGAAGGAGGAGAGCUUCACUGCACUUGA